GUCAAACUACGAAUACCAAGGCCAACAGCCAACCCGCAUCAACCAAAUCAAGUCCGACUUUUUUAUAAUAAAUUUUGAAGAUUUUCGCACUUUUCAUAAAAUAAGUCAAUUUUUCAGAGUGCAGACAAAAAUACCAUGAUAAUUGUGCGUAAGCUUUUUGAAAGACAAGUUCGAUCUAUUGCUCGGAUUAAUGCCAAAAAUCAGCUUUCCAACACAAAUCCAACACAAAAUAUCCGAAGUCUUUCAAAAUUACACAACAAUAAUUUGAUUAGAAAUUCUAAUCGAGCAUCAUUCUACCCAUUAAACAACGAGAGGAGAAACAUGUCAUCUAACAAUGCAUCGCACUUCGUGUUGCCCAACACCCAACCUAUCGCAGAUCUUGAAUGCAAAAAUGCUUUUGAGAACUUGACUGAAAAAGAGAAGCUAUACGCACAUUACUUCAGUAAAGCGUCUUGGAAUGGUGGCCUAAUUUCCUUGGUGCAAUCCAGUCCAGAAGGUCCAUUGAUAUUUAGUCUUCUUCAUCGGAUCUUCGUUGCAGAGCCCCUUGACGCUCUGAAAGCUAAAGUCCUCGAAGGAGGUGUCUCUCAAGAUGAAUUCACUGCAUUCCUAGUAUAUGCAUGUGGAGUAUUUGCUAACGCUGGAAACUACAAAGGAAUGGGCGAUAGCAAAAUCAUCCCCAACCUACAGCAGUCACAAUUCGAAAAAAUAGUUAAACUCUCAAGUGCCUUUCAAACCGAAAAGAAAUUGUCAGCAAUCCUAGGACAAAUAUCGUCCCUUAUUUAUGAAUUAAAACCACGCAAUGAGGUGCUGGGACUUGCUCCAAGUGGUAUCACAACGUAUUGGUCAGAUAAUUGUACCAAAGAAGAUGCUGAUAUUGUCUCAAACUGGCUCACAGAAAAGCGUAUCGAACCCUAUAUGUGUCGAACUUUUAAAGUUGUUGAAAACGGAAAAACCAUUUAUGAUAUUAAACUAGCGUCGGUAGCGACAGAUGACAAAGCUGGUAUAACGCUUCCAUUAGAAACCUACAAGGGCAAUCAUUUUCGUGUAACUCGAGGAGAUUACUCGAAGCUUUUGAAACUAGUAUCAUCAAAUCUAGAAAACGCAAUGAAAUAUGCUGCAAAUGAAAAUGAAAUAAAAAUGAUACAGCAUUAUAUUACGAGUUUCGAAGAGGGCAGUUUGCCUGAACAUAAAGACGGUUCUAGGUGGUGGAUCAAAGAUAAGGGACCAGUUAUUGAGACAUAUAUUGGAUUCAUUGAAACUUACCGGGAUCCAGCUGGAUCAAGAGCAGAAUUCGAAGGUUUUGUUGCAAUGGUAAAUAAGAAAAGUUCGGCAAAGUUUGCUGAACUAGUUAACCGGGCUGAAAAAUUGCUCGAGUACUUGCCAUGGUCGGUGGAAUAUGAAAAGGAUUCUUACUUAAAACCUGAUUUUACUUCGUUGGAUGUUUUAACUUUCGCCGGUAGUGGAGUUCCAGCUGGUAUCAAUAUUCCCAAUUAUGAUGAAAUUCGACAGGAUGAAGGCUUCAAAAACGUCUCACUUGGAAAUGUUUUAGCGAAUAUCAAUCGCAAAGACCCAAUACCCUUCCUCUCAGAAGAAGAUCAAGAGCUUUUCAAAGAAUUCAAAGUGAAUUCGUUUGAGGUUCAAGUAGGACUACAUGAAUUAUUAGGACAUGGAAGUGGUAAAUUAUUCCGUAUCGAUGAAAACGGAAAAUUCAACUUUGAUCCAGAAACUUGUAGGAACCCUCUUACCGGUGAGCCCAUUACCACGUGGUAUACACCUGGGGAAACAUACGACUCUAAAUUCGGGACUCUAGGUUCUUCCUAUGAAGAAUGUCGUGCCGAAGCUGUUGGGCUUUAUCUAUCCCUACAAAGAGACAUCCUUGAUAUCUUUGGUUAUACCGAUCCCAAAGAACAAGAGAACAUAAUUUAUAUUAAUUGGCUAAGUCUUAUUUGGAAUGGAAUGGGUGUUGCCUUGGAAAUGUUCAAUCCACAAUCGAAGACAUGGAUGCAGGCACACAGUCGUGCACGUUUUGUUAUAAUGCGUGUUCUUCUUGAAGCUGGUGAAGGUCUAGUUACCAUUGAAGAAACAGAGAAUGGAAAGAAUCUGCGUUUGACCGUUGAUCGGACAAAAAUUGAAACUGUUGGCAAGAGGGCUAUGGAAGAGUUUCUUAUGAAACUACAAGUCUACAAGUCGACAGCAGACAUUGAUGCAGCUACAAAAAUGUACGAACACUAUUCGGAAGUGUGUGUGGGUGGAACUCAUCCAUGGGCUAGAUGGCGUGAUAUUGUGUUGUUGCAUAAAAAACCUCGCAUUAUUUUGGUGCAAGCAAACACCGAAAUCAAAAACGAAAAGGUUAAUCUUCUAACCUAUGAAGCCUCACAUGAGGGAUACAUUAAAUCUUGGAUUGACCGUUUCCCCAGUACUGAUGUUGAUGAUAUUCUUGAAGAGAUCAGCGAAAACGAUCGCAAAUACUUCCCAUUGGCCUUUUCUCAAGCAUAAAAAUAUAACUAAUAGACUACUUGUGCAUUUUUAUCUGUAAGCUAUGGUAUAAAGAAAAAAAUAACUAAAAUAAAUUUGUUUUAACAAAAAAUCAA